AUGACGGAAGAAUAUCACCAUCACAUGGACGGAAAGCGGGACGACGACGGUGGAGCUGUAGAGUAUAGCGAAGACCUCCGUGACGGGGAUGGCGAUCCCGGAGAAGACGGAUACGACGACGACGGGUCUGGCGAGCCGCUAGAGCCGGAAAUCGUGGGAGUUCCGACGUAUGACGGGGCGUAUACGCAGUAUAACAUUUACGGGAAUAUGUUCGAGGUUACUGCGAAGUAUGUGCCGCCUAUUCGGCCAAUCGGUCGUGGGGCCUACGGAAUUGUGUGCUCGGCGAUCAACUCGGAGACUCAGGAGGAGGUGGCGAUUAAGAAGAUCGCCAAUGCCUUUGACAAUCGGAUUGACGCCAAGAGAACGCUGAGGGAGAUCAAGCUGCUGCGACACAUGGAUCACGAGAACGUGGUGGCCAUCAGGGACAUCAUCCCCCCGCCUGAGCGGGACACCUUCAACGACGUGUACAUCGUGUAUGAGCUCAUGGACACGGACCUGCACCAGAUCAUCCGGUCCAACCAGCAGCUCACGGAAGACCAUUGCCAGUACUUCCUGUACCAGCUCCUGCGAGGCCUCAAGUACGUGCACAGCGCCAAGGUGCUUCACCGUGACCUCAAGCCCUCCAACCUGCUGCUCAACGCCAACUGCGACCUCAAGAUCUGCGACUUUGGGCUCGCCAGAUCGGCAGAGGAGAGUGACUACAUGACAGAGUAUGUGGUAACCAGAUGGUACCGCGCUCCAGAGCUGCUGCUCAACAGCAAGGCGUACACAGCAGCCAUCGACCUGUGGUCCGUGGGGUGCAUUUUCAUGGAGCUGCUGAAUCGCGAGCCGCUCUUCCCAGGCAAGGACUAUGUGGACCAGCUGCGCCUCAUCACCUCGAUCAUUGGUUCUCCAGACGAUUCAGACAUCUCAUUCCUCGAGAGUGACAACGCGCGUCGCUACGUGCGCUCCCUCCCAUUUGUUCGCAAGCAGCCUCUCGCCGCGCGCUUCCCCAACAUGGCGCCCCUCGCCUUGGACCUCAUGGAGAGGAUGCUGCUCUUCGACCCUGCCAAGCGCAUCACAGUCGAGGAAAGUCUCGACCAUCCGUAUCUCGCAAGCCUGCACGACAUCAGUGAUGAGCCGGUGUGCCAUGCGCCGUUCACGUUUGACUUUGAGCACCCGGUGCUGCCAGAAGAGACCAUCAAGGACUUGAUAUGGGCCGAAGCCAGAAACGGAGGACAAGCAGAGAGUGAGGGAGCAGCAGCAAUUGGAGGAACGAAUGGAGCAGCAGCGACAGGUGGCGCACCGCGAUUGGCUCUCUCGGCUCGAGACUUUACAUACGGGAGACUCCUGGGUCUAGGCUCCUACUCCAAGGUUGUGCUGGCUCGACGCAAGCCAAGCAAGGCUGCUUAUAACGAGGACGAGGGGUGUCCGCCUGGCUCCGAGUGCGCACUGAAGAUAAUGGACAAGAGGCACAUAGUGAAGGAGCGGAAGGUGGCAUACAUCAAAAUGGAGCGCCUCAUUCUCGAUCGGCUGAGGCACCCGGGGAUUGUAUGCCUGCUCUUCACCUUCCAAGACGAGCACUUCCUCUACAUGGGCCUGGAGUGCUGUCACGGGGGAGAGCUCUUUGACCAGAUCAGACUGAAGGGCAAGCUAUCAGAGGAUGAAGCUCGGUUUUAUGCAGCAGAGGUGGUGUGUGCACUGGAGUACAUGCACUCGCAAGGAGUAGUGCACAGAGAUCUUAAGCCAGAGAAUAUUCUCCUCACAGCAUCGGGCCACGUGCGCAUCUCCGACUUCGGCUGUGCCAAGCUGCUCAGCAACGGCCAAUCAGCUGGGGCCACGUCAGCAGUAGAUGCCACUGCUGCUGCUAUUAACAACGAUGAGCGCAGUGGGUCGUUCGUGGGCACAGCAGAGUACGUCCCUCCGGAGCUGCUGGACGAUGGGCCCGUGUCCUUUGAGUGA